AUGAGAGACAGCGGCGACGUUCAAAGUUUCGUCUUGUACUUUCGAAUGACGCCAGACGUUUUCGACUACCUCCACGAUCUGGUUAAGGACGACCUCACGAAGCAGCAUGUCGUUCGGGAGCCACUGUCUUCCCACGAAAGGCUGGCCCUCACAUUACGAUAUCUGUCCUCUGGAAUGGCGUUUAAAGAUGUCGCCAUGGCAUACAGAGUUGGAAUCGAGACAGCACGUGAAGCCGUGCAUCUCACCUGCACGGCACUAUGGAACAGGUUGAAGGACCUAUACAUGAUGCCCCCAAGUGAAUCAGAGUGGCAAGAUAUUGCACAGGGCUUUGGGGAAAGAUGGAACUUUCCAAAUUGCCUUGGUGCUGUCGAUGGUAAACAUGUUCGAAUUGUUGCACCAAACAAGUCUGGAAGUACAUAUUUCAACUACAAGGGGACCUACUCCAUUGUCCUGAUGGCAGUCGUCGACAGCCUCUACAAAUUUGUCCUCAUCGAUGUCGGUGCAGAGGGACGCCAAAGUGACUGCGGAGUAUUGAAGUCCUCUGCCAUUGGACGCUGGCUAGAUACAGGCACACUCGGUCUACCUGGCCCGGUCAGGCUACCCGGAGGAAAUGUUGUAGUUCCCCAUGUAUUUGUGGGGGACGAAGCAUUCCAACUGAGGCCUGAUUUUUUUCGACCCUAUCCAGGGCGAGACCUCUCCGUAGAAAAAAGAGUCUUCAACUUGAGAUUGAGCCGUGCGAGGCACUGCGUGGAAAACGCGUUUGGUAUUCUGGCCUCACGGUGGAGAAUACUGCUUACAACCAUAAACUUGAGUGUGCUGAAUGCAGAGAAUGUCAUCAAGGCAGUGUGCAUUCUGCACAAUUUCUUGGCGGAGCAGUGUGGUGUUCCUUCAGGUUUAGCCGACGAGGUGGAUACACUUGGAAACGUCAUUGAAGGAGGGUGGCAUAGAGAUGCUGGACAGUUUGUGGAACAACAGCGUCUACAGUGUGGUCACACGCGGAACCACAGCAAGGAAGCUGCCAGGAGUAGAGAACUCUACACGAACUACUUUGUCAGCCAUACAGGGCAGCUCGACUGGCAAUGGGCACGUAUUCAUGCCCAACGCCCCAGCUGA